GUCACAUGACCAGCCUGAGCUCCAGUUGGAAAAACAAGAGAAAUGUAACCAAUUGUGUCUCAAAUGUUGUGAGUCACCUUGGAUAAAGGUGUCAGGGACAAAACAAUAGUUAAAAUGUUUGUGUUCUUUCAGAUUUACAGACGAAUGACAGCUUCUCUCUACCUUCAUUUGGUCAGCCCUUUAUUCAAUCCAAAGAGAAAGGUUUGAAGAAUUCAGCAAGAGGAUCAGAGAACCUGACAGCAGUCUUUUUGCAGUGCAGUUCUCUCCCUGCUUCUGGAGUAACACAGACAGAAGCCAUCAAAACUGAUCGACAGCAAGUGGAGAAAGAAAUCCAAAUUCAUACUGAAGAAAAAUGUUUGGAAUUUGGCAAACAAUUCACACAAAUAAAUGAUCUUAAUGAGCAUAUGAAGAUUCACACAGGAGAAAACAUACAUUGUUGUCAUGAAUGUGGUAAGUCGUUCUCUAGGAGAAGCCAUCUACAGAAUCACAGAAGAAUCCACACAGGAGAAAAACCUCAUUGCUGUUCAGAAUGUGGUAAGUCAUUCUCAUAUCUAUGCAAUCUUCAGAAACACAGAAAAAUCCACACAGGAGAAAAACCUCAUUGCUGUCCAGAGUGUGGUAAGUCAUUCUCCACGAGUAGCCACCUUCAGACGCACAGAAGAAUCCACACAGGAGAAAAACCACAUUGCUGUCCAGAGUGUGGCAAGUCGUUCUCAACGAGUAGCUAUCUUCAGACGCACAGAAGAAUUCACACAGGUGAAAAACCUCAUUGCUGUUCAGAAUGUGGAAAAUCAUUCUUACAUAUAAGCAAUCUUCUGAUGCACAGAAGAGUCCACUCAGGAGAAAAACCUCAUUGCUGUCCAGAGUGUGGUAAGUUGUUCUCAAGGAGAAGCCAUCUUCAGAGGCACAGAAGUAUCCACAAAGGUGAAAAACCUUAUUGUUGUCCAGAAUGUGCAAAGUCGUUCUCAUCUAUAAGCAAUCUUAAGCAGCACAGAAUAAUCCACACAGGAGAAAAACCCUAUUGUUGCCCAGAAUGUGUCAAGUCGUUCUCAUCGAUAAGCAAUCUUAAGAAACACAGAAUAAUCCACACAGGAGAAAAACCUCAUUGUUGUCCAGAAUGUGGUAAGUCAUUCUCAAGGAGAAGUCAUCUUCAGAGGCACAGAAGAAUCCACACAGGAGAGAAACCUUAUUGUUGACCAGAAUGUGGCAAACAAUAUUCUGACAAACUCACUUUUCAAAGGCACACGGAAAUUGAUACUGGUGAGAAGCCAUAUUGCUGUCCUUAAUGUGGAAAAAGGUUUUUCAACAGUAGGUGUUUUCAAGUACACACACAAACUCACACUGAAGAGAAAAUGCAGUAUGUCUGUUCUGAAUAUGGCAAAUGUUGUGCAAACAAGAAAAGUCUUCAUAGACACACCAAAAUCCAUACUGGAGAAAAACAUUUUUGCUGUUCUGACUGGGAGAAACAAUUGUUAGAUUUAAGCUCACUUCAGUGCCACAUUAGAGCUCAUACUGGAGUGAAACCUUAUUGUUGUCCUGAAUGUGAUAAGCAGUUCUCACAACACAGCACCCUACAGAGUGUUAUCAGACUUCACACCGGAGAGAAACCUCACCGUUGCUUGGAAUGUGGCAAACAAUUCUCACGCCUCAAUUCUCUGUAUAAUAAUGGGAGAAGUUUUAUUGGAGAGAAGCCUUACAGUUGUACUGAAUGUUGAAUGUGAUUCUCCUAUAAUAGUUUUCUUCACAAUCAUAAAAUAAUUCAUUGUGGUAAGAAACAACGCUGUUCUGUUGCAAGUUUUUCUCAGACAGCAGGGCUCUCAAAGAUUUAUUGCUGUCCAGAGUGUGGCAAAUGAUUCUCAGUUCAAAGCGCACUUAGGUGCCACAGAAGGAUCCACACUGGAGAGAUGCAGUACUCCUGUUCUGAAUGUGGUAAGGGCUACACUUCCAGAAGAAGUUUUCAGAGACCCACACAAAGUCAUAUUGGAGUAAAGCCUGUCUAAGAAAUGACACAUGAUCUUUCCUUUGGCUCCUCAAUCAAAAAAAAAAAAACAAGAAGACAAAUCUUCUGAAUGCUUUAAAGGACUCCAGUUGAAAGUAGCUAAUAAGUACAUAAGAAUAGUGGAGAAAACACUGAAAGUGGCAAACAGAUUCUAGAUGUAAAGUCACCUCAGAGCCACAUAUGAAUUCACACUGGAAUAUAACACAUAUUUCACAAACAGCAAGAAUCUUCUUCAACAACUUAUGGGUGCAAGAAAAAAACUUCAUUGUUGUUCUGAAUGUGGUUACCGCUUUUCAGACAGCAGUGGCCUUCAUAUUCAUAAAUGACUGUCUUACGUGUGGUAAGCCUCUUAGCUGUUCUGAAUGUUGAAAGUGGUCCUCCUGUAUCAGCCGUCAUCAACAACACGUAAGAUUUCAUGAAGGACUCAGAAACUGUACUGCUAGUCCGUCAGGCACACAGGGACUGAUCAUCUCUGCACCAGUGCUGUGACAUAAGAUGGUGAACAAUACAAACACCAGACAACAGAAUGAGGGAGCAACAGUACUGUGCGGUGAUAACAACUUCAACCACAGAACACAACUGAAAAAGUUCAAUGUAAUAAUAAAAAAUGGAGAAGACAAAUCCACAGUACAGUGCCAACUACCUGGAGGUGCCACUGACAACAAGGGGAAUAUUUUUGUUUCAGAUCUUUGGAGAUGAGGCCUUAUCUGAGUAGCAAUGAACUUGUACCGUCUCUG